UAGAAGCAACAAGCAAUGACACACAAACACAAACACAAACACAAUCACAGCUUCUCUACCACUGAUUCACCUUUUUCAUCGACGCGCAUUCUUUAAUAAUCUCUUCUCUCAUAUGUAAAGACAAAAUCCAUAUUACUAUUAUUUAUUUGUCUCUUCAUUUCAAUUUCUCUUACAAUUCCCAAUUUUACCCUAAAUCUUCAUUUUCUUCUUCUUCUUCAUCUUCUUCAACAACCCUAGAUCUACCCCCAAUUCUCUCUCUCUCUCUCUCUCUCGAUCGAUCUAUCAAUCAUGUGUUCAAUUCGCUCACCAGAUCAUUUCUCCCAAAUCGAUCACUUCGAUCGCAUCCCCGAUUCUCUCCUCCUUCUAGUUUUCAACAAGAUCGGUGAUGUUAAAGCUUUAGGUCGAUGCUGCGUCGUUUCGCGUCGUUUUCAUUCUCUAGUACCUCAAGUUGAAAACGUCGUCGUUCGUGUUGAUUGUGUUAUUUCCGAUGAUGAUUCUAAUUCUUCAUCUAAUUCAUCUGAUAAAUCCAGAGGACCUUUCUGGAAUCUUCUUCGAUUGGUUUUUGGUGGUAUUGCUAAACCGAUUCAAACCCUAGGUCAAUUUUUAGGUCCGAAGAGAGUUAAUUCUUCUUUGUCGGCAGCGUCGUCGGCGGCGAAUUCUUCCUCUGGAUCUUCGCUUGCUGUUGGAACUGAAGAUGAUGGUGGUGUUACUCAUCAUUCACCUACUCAGGUUUUGAAGAAUUUUAACGAGCUUCGUUUGCUUCGGAUCGAGCUUCCGAGUGGUGAAUUAGGGAUUGAGGAUGGUGUUUUGUUGAAAUGGAGAGCUGAUUUUGGAUCAACGCUUGAUAAUUGUGUAAUUCUAGGUGCUUCCUCUGUUUUUCACCCGAAAUCGCAAGAUGGAACUGUUGUUGAUGCAUCUUGUGGUGGUGGAAAUGGAAAUGGUGGUGUUGUUGGCGGUGUCGUUGAGGAUAAUGGAAGUAUACCGGAUUCGUUUUACACGAACGGUGGUUUGAAAUUAAGGGUAGUUUGGACAAUUAGUUCAUUGAUUGCUGCAUCUGCAAGGCAUUACUUGUUACAACCGAUUAUAUCGGAGCAUACGACUCUUGAUAAUUUGGUGUUAACUGAUGCAGAUGGUCAAGGUGUGUUAUAUAUGAACAGAGAUCAACUUGAGGAGUUAAGAGUGAAGCCGCUAUCGGCUUCUUCUGCUUCGAAGAGGACUCUUGUACCUGCACUUAAUAUGAGGUUAUGGUAUGCACCUCAUUUGGAGUUACCUGAUGGGGUUGUUUUGAAAGGUGCUACUCUUGUUGCUAUUAGACCGAGUGAAUUGUCAACUACCACUGCUAAGAAAGAAGGAUCUGAUUUGUCUUGGGUUUCUACGGCGUUCGAAGAGCCUUAUCGGUCUGCUGCUGCAAUGCUUAUUAAGAGGAGGACUUAUUGCCUUGAGAUGAAUUCCUUUUGAUGGUUUUUGCACCCUUGUAAGGGAAUCUAGAAUCAUUUGAAAAUCAGGGAACAUGAAGUUCCUAAUAUAGAAGGAAUCAGAAAACACAUUUUGUUUGGAAGCAGCCGGGCGACCUGAAUCUUUGCUCUUUCCAGCUUCUGAUCAACUGCAGAGCCCCCAUAUAUGAGUAGUAGUUACUAUUAAAAGAGCUGCAAAUCAUUUACCUAUCUUUGCUGGAACUGAGAUACUGAAUGCAUCUGCUGGUUUUUAAAAUUUGAGGCAAUGCUUUUUAUAAGACCUGCAACUAGGACGAUCGAUCUUACAAGAUCUUUUGAGUUAUCAGUCAUAUGCCAUUUUCAGGUCUCCAUCUGUGAAUAUUCUAGGUUAUUUAUCAGUUUGGUUUGCCUUUGUGAUAUAAGUUAAAUGAGCAAUGUACUUUUGCUUCUGUAAUUUUUUAAAUAACUUCUGGAUGAGUCAAAUCAUACCAUGCAAUACUUGUUCCUGUACUUACUUUUUCCUGGGCACAACUUUGUCAUAUUUAGAAACUCUUACUUAUGAGUGAAUUUGUAAACAGUUCAAUAAAUCAUGAUUCAAGCCAAGGAAUUGAAUUGAACUUUUGCUGAAAA